UCGAAAAUAAGUUUCCUCCUCAGGUAGUUCUUGCCCGUGAAUUCCUUAAUUUGUGCUGGUGUCUGAUGUCUCCUCUCAGAGGAGAAGAAUAAAAAUAUACAGUUUCCAGAGCCUUUGCAUGACUCUUGAGGAGUCUUAGACUAUGACUCCCUGUAAAAGCAGCUGUCUCCCAAGCGGCCCCUUGUGGCCUUGAGUGGCUCUCCAGUUCUCUGUCUUUAAGCUGUGUCUACACUGCAACACUGCUGGCAGCAGCAAGUACUGUACACGUAGCUGUGUGCCCUAGUGAAAACCAGGCUGUGUCCACGCUGCGGUGUGUAGCUACGCAUGUCAAUUAAAGGUGCUAGCAGCGAGCCUUCCCACACUUCCAGAACCUUUCACUGUGGCAUGAAAAGGCUCCGGCAGCAGGACACAACACCGCUAAAAUUAACAGUGUAGCUGAGGGAGGCACUGCUUGGGUAUGCAAAGAGCUGAGUAGAUACAUACUCCAGUGUUUGGACACCGCUGUUUAUACCUGUGCUAGAGGGGCAUGCAGUGUAUAUACUGGAUGUGCUGCCAUAUGGAGUGUGCAGUGGAGACAGACCCUUAGUGUUCCUCUUCAGGGCUCCGCAGUAAACUACAUGCAGGCUUCUCUCUGUUCAGCCAUAGCUCCUUAGGGGCUGGGCUUAUUAACUUCAAAAUCCCCAAAUAGUCUAUGAAGCUCAGCUCAACUGGCUGCUUUUAGUAGGCCACUCCCAACCCUUCCUGGAGUGUUUUUGUCUUUUCCCCUGUAGCCUGCACCAGGCACCUCUUGCUCACUGCAGCUCUUACACUGUAUGCUGCUGUUUCCUGUUCCCCUCUCUUGAUAGAGACCAGCUGUCCUCUAUCAUGUGCCACUGUGAGUUGGGAAAUGAGGCACUGGUGGGCUGAACCAACUUCCUCCUAAGGCAUGUCUACGUUGCCCCUUCCCCGCCAAAAAAAACAUGGCAGCAAGCCUCAGAGCCGCCAGCAACUGACAUGGGCUCAUGCUAUAGGGCUAAAAAGAGCAGUGUAGACGUGCCCACUCAGGCUGGAGCCCCCACUUUUGGGUUUCAGAGCUCGGGCAUCAGCACAACUAGGAAUGUGUAUGUGACCAGCUAUUUUUAGCUCCCAGACAGCGGUGGCUGACCCAGGUUCUGAAACUUGCUGCAGUGGCUUUUUGUAUGCAGUGUAGAUGUACCCUCACUGUCCACCCUAUGACUCUGAGUUAAGAGCCACACCAGGUUAGACCUCCCACACUUAGGGAAUGGCUUCUUCCCUCAUAGCCUUAAAACCCCUCUUGUGCUGGUGAAGUGGCUGCUCUUGCUACCUUGGGAGCAACAGCGCAGAAUUUGCUGUGAAGUCCACUGACCAUCUUUGUGGAUUGGUUCUCUGCAGUAAGCAAGCAUUCGGCAGGUAUGGUCACGCAAGCAAAACCUCAGCUGAGGCUGCCUGAUAUAGCUGCAGUUGGGUUUAAGCAUAGACUGUAGUCGGGUGUCUCUUAUCACCAGCUUGCAGGACCUUUCCUGUGUGAGCCGAGCUCACUCAGCCACACCUCUGGGUGAUAGGAGCAUAUUUGCAUUAUGAAAUUAUCAGCAAAAACACCCUUAUACCCGGUCAGCAACUCCUCAUGUUUACACAGUUGCAGGUAAUCUGGUUCCAGUCCCUGUGUAGACGUGACCUUUGAGGCCUAGACUCAUUCUAGGCAGGGUAGCUCUUAGUGAAGCAGGGACUUUGGAAAAACUUCAUUCUGGACAGCUGUGUGUUUUAUAGUAAAUGGUUAUUGUGAAACUUUGCCGUACACAUGUGCAGGGGAGCAAGAGUGAGGGCUGAAAUAGCCUGUCAGUGCUUUACCCUGCCCUGGGGAGGAGGAGUCUCCCUAAGGCACUUGCCCUUGAGAGGGUGUGACGCAUGCUGAGCUGACCAGGAAGGAGGAAGGCUUUCAAAGGUUCUGUGCACAAACCUUACCCAGAAGAGGAACAGCUGCAGGGGCAGCUUGGCUUCUUUUCGAACUUCAGAUAAUCCAAGGGGAGACGUACUAAAAUGAAGAGCCCUAGGACUUUUGAGGAGCAAACAGAGUGCAUUGUGGAGGCACUUCUCUCUGAUCUCCUAGGGGAAGACGAAGGGUUUGCUCCCCGCAGUCUGGAGACAGACUCUUUUGCUGAGUCACACGCAGGUUGUACCCCCUUUCCCUGCUUUCAGUCUGCCGUCUUAAAACGUGAUCCCUCUGCAGGAGCAGAAGCUUCAAGUAGCUUUGAUUCGGUUAUUAUUGCCAGUCGUCUGCGGAGACUAGGAGACCAAUAUAACGAGGAUCUGGAGCAGCCUGCCCAGCGCAUCAUUGCUGAGGUGGCUAAGGGAAAGGUGGAAGAAUUUGAAGUCAUGGUGGAUUCUCUCAGCAAGAGUUGGAGCAGCCUGAAUCCUGAGCUGGGCUAUGAGAGAGCUUUUCUGGCAGUGUCUGUGAAAUUGUUAGCAUACCUUUCCCGGAAAGUUCCAGCUGUGGCCCGUCGAAUCCAGCUUGUGGAGCUGAUUAAUGGGAACCGUGAAGUGAGAGAAUACAUUGAGACCCGUGGUGGCUGGGAGAACUUUGAAAACUGAUGGAAAAGGCUUCACUGCCUCCCAGGAAGUGAAAUGGCAGCUUUCAAUGACUUAAACUAUUAAACUGUUUUCGGAAAAUUGUUUUCCCAGCCAUCAGUCUUUCUACUUCCAUCUGCCCCGAAGAUCGAUCCAGUCACUAACUGGGACACCUCAACACGUAGCUAUUCUUCCACACCAGAUGUGGCUCUCUUGUUCUUGCACUUAUUCAUUUAUUUACAAAUAAUUUGUAGGACUGAUUUUGUUUCCCUCCAACAUAGGCUGUAAAUGCAACUUUUAAGUGUGAGGACUGACAGUGACACUUUUGUUCUGCAAGCUUUUGUCCUACCCUGUAGCCCCGAAGAGAGAGGGAGCCAGAGAUGGCUGCCUAGUAUCAUGCUGGGAAACAGAACAGCCAAGACAUUGAGUCCAAGGAAGCUAAAAAGGAGACAUUGUGAACAAGAAUGCUAUUUAUGGCAGAGCCCACAGAUGUGAGAACUGGUAGCACUAAACACUCUUGGCCAUCCUACUUCUCUAGUGCUCUAAAGAGUUAACAGAUUUCUACAGUUAGGGGAAUUGUCUUCUGUAGCUGGCCAUACUCACUGAAAGCCCGUUCAAACCUCCUUCUGCUACCUCUGAGUUGGUAUUAACAGAGGCACUCACAUACAGUCCCUCAGGAGCUAUUAGUAUAUAUGCUCUGCAGUAAAAUCAGCUACACCAAAUCUGUGCCUUAGCCUGUGCCACAUUACACUUGGGUUUGCUGGAGUGACUCCAUAAGGAUUCAAGGAUUUACAUGAUCCUGCAAUUUGCAGAGAGCUCUUUGGGAUGCUGCUGUUGAAUCAGUUCAUUAUAUGAGUAGCUCAGUGAAACAAGGCCUACAUACCAUACAGGACUCUGUGGGAGAGCCAGCUCAACCUGGAAUAUCCCACCCCAUAUCAUCACUGGGGUGGUCAUAGAGAGAUGGCUCCACCCACCAGCAGUCCCCUCAGAAGCCAGCUGCUGCUGCUCAAGGGAUCUGUAGGGAGUUGUUUGGAAUUCCUCUGUUAACCCACUUCCAGACUCAGCUCUGACACUUACAUGAAAUCCAGUGGGUCAGUGAUGUCUGGGCUGAGAGGCAGAUGAGCACAGUGGCCCAACUUAAUGUAUUUUUAAUAAAAUGAGCAAAUGAAUCUGUAUCUAUGCAAACUAUAUGAAUUUGAUUGCAUCCUUUCCCUCCCAUCUUGUCACUUGUUUCAUACUGUCAGUUGUUCAGGGGAGUGACCACAUCUCCUAUUGUGUGCUUGUACAGUACCCAACACACAAGGCUCCAAUCCUCUUUUGGGGUCUCUAGGCAAUAGGGUAAUUAUUAAAUACUUAAUUCCAACCUGGAUCUGGGUCUUGUGGGCCCCUUGGAGUGGAAAUCUGGCAGGAUAUGAGCUGGCUUGAGGGAAAGUAGUUGUGCUGCUAGUUGAUUUAAUUAGGGGAUUUGCCCUUACAGCCUCUCAAACGAAAGAUGUCAAUUUAAAAAUCAGGUUGCAAACUAGUGUCUCUCUCUGUUACUAACACACCCUAGAUCACUUGAAGGGAAAGAAUCUAAAAAUCCAGUUUGUCAUUCUUAUGCAUUUAAUUUGCUAUCUGCAUUUCUCUCUACUUGGACAAUGGCAUCAGUUUCACUGGCAUACAGUUAGCUUCUAGGCCAGUGGCUUAAUGUGAGCAUGUUUGGGUUUCAAACUCUGCAGGUCAGUGUUUGUUUUAAAAUGGUGGUUUUCCCUUAGAAUUUUCAUACAUUUUUGUUGCUCUGCAGUUACAUGAAGGAUUGCUUUUACAAAAUUUAAAUUUGACAGAAACCUCUCUUGGGGAUAGAGAGGUUUGUUGCACUCAGAAAACCAGGCAAGAGUUCUGCAGAAGUACUCUGAACUGGAUUUGUGACCAAAAUCCAAUAAUUAUGCCAUUUUGCUUGUUUUUUGCGAGUCUGUAACUAACUCUGAAAUCCCCCAAAGGCUUUUCUUUACUGGCUGUCUGUCCAGGGACACUCAAUCUGAGAUUUUGACUACUGGUGCAGAAUCUUUUGAGUGUCUAGGAAGUUUAGGGGGGUUUUCUCCUCUCGUAUCUGGUUCCCAGUUUAAAGUCUUCUCCUUUCUGCCACUGUAGACUCACUCUGGGUGUUUGGGUCUUGUCAGCUGGAGAAGUUUCACUAGGAAGUUGUAUAAGGUGGAGUAGUUUGGCAUAGUGGAUUUUUUUUUAAAGGCUAAUGGAGUUGGAGUCCCUUGACCCUGUCUCCUAGCAGUGAUGUCUGGUGGAGCAGGACUAGGUACUCUGGCCUGGAUCUGGGGAAGCCUGGCUGGGAAGGGUGGGCCCCAAACAUACACCCAGGCAUUAUCUCUGUCUAGGAACCUUAUGUAGGUUUCAGAUUAAUGUGAUGAAUGCACAAGCUAACUGAACCUGUUUUGUGUGCACGGCAUCUGUCAAAUGCAUUUUUAGAACAUAGAGUGCGGCUCACAUGCAAAAGAGAGAGUUAUAAAUGUGACCGGAAACUGGA